CCUCGCCGCCCCGUCGCCGCCCGUGGCAAAUUCGGUCCGAUUUGUCGCUCCGCUUUGCCGUCUCCUUCCGCCGCCGGUCUCGGCCGUCUCGACGGUCUCUGCAAAAAGUCGCUGUUCAGGGUCGGAAGUCGUUGUCAUCGAGUGACUGGCGACGGUCGCAGCGCCGACGCGGACUCAUGUCGGGCGCCAGCAAGGCCGCGCCGCCGCCGUCCUUCAGCCAUCUGCCGCCGCCAGCCGGUCAGCGCGGCCCCCGCGCGUCUGGUGACCUGACCUCGGAGUGGCUGGCGGCGAUUCUGCGCGCGUGUCACGGCGCCGGCUACUGCCUGCGGGGUCACGAGGGUUACGCGCUGCCGGCCGGCUCCAUCGCCGUCUGCAGCCAGCUGCGCGGCUUCACCGCCCGCGGCCACGUCCGAGGUCAGGAGGUCAUCGACCACGUGGUGGUCAAGCUGCUGCCCGAAGACCCGCAGAUGCGCCGGCUCGUGGUCAACCACCGCAUGUUCCAGUGCGAGACCAUGGUGUACCGGGACCUGCUGCCGAAGCUGUGCAGGUUCGAGGCCGCCCACGGCUCGAGGCAUGUGCGGGAGCUGACGGUGCCCUGCCUGUACGCGGGCCUGCUGCAGGCGCCCGACUACGCUAUCGUGCUGGAGAACGUGCAGAAGCGCGGCUUCAGGACGAUCAAGUCGCUGCAACUGCGAAAGCCGCAGCUGAACGCGGCAGUGCGAAGCCUGGCGCAGCUGGCCGCUACCUCUCACGUCUGGCUGCAGGAGACGUGCACCGAGGACUUGCCGUACCUGCAGGACAACACCAUCACGGACGGCCCACAGCUGGCUGACUUCAUCAGGAUGGGCCUGGAGCGUCUGUCGGCGCCGCUGGAGCUCGGCAGCCACCUCCGCCUGCGCCGGAGGCUGCUGCAGCUGCAGCUGUCCAGCGUGCGCCUGCUGGACGCCUUCCUGCAGCGGCCGCCCGCCUUCCGCGUGCUCUGCCAUGGCGACUUCCGCGACGGCAACCUGCUGCUGCGGGAGACGCCCGACGGUGACUGGCAGGUGCGCGCCGUCGACUGGCAGACCUCCCGCCUGGGCAGUCCGGCGCUCGACCUGCUGUACCUGCUGCUGUUCUCGCUGCCGCGGCGCGAGAUGGCCGACCUGGAGGAGGACGUGCUGGCCGCAUACGGCCGCCACUUCAACCGCAAGCUGGCUGAGCUGGGCUGCGCGCGCCGCUACUCGGCCGACCAGCUGCGGGCCGACUUCACCGCCGCCAAGCUGGUCGGGCUGGUGUGGUGCCUGUCGGCGGUGCAGUUCUGGGAGCGAGUGCCCGGCUGGGCCGAGCACACCCUCGACCUAGCGCUGGAGGUGGAUCGGCUCGGCCUGCUGGACGGCCUGCAGUGAGGCGCGCGGAGGGGCGGCGCAGUCGGAGCAGCGGCAGACCAGCAGGUGGCGAAUGAGGCGCAAUAGUGGCGCGGCCAGCUGACAAAGCGGCCGGCUCACCGUGUAGAAAGGUGCAGCAACGAAACGACUUCGUUGCCUUGAGCUUAAACGUUAACCCAUUUUUACCUGUACAUCAUUAAAUUAAACUUAUUAUCAGGCAUAGAACACCAAAGGCAAUGACGUAUUUUGCAUGUCAUGCUUUGAAACCGCUUCGACCGUUUUUAGGAUCCUUUGAUAUUCCUAUUGAAUCAGGUCCGAUAAUCCACAUAAUUACUAAGCAUUCCCUCUCAGCGCAGAAGCAUCGAAGUCAUGUUUGUUUAAAUGACGACGGAUCCGGAAGCUGUCUCCGCCGCCGCACCAUCUCACCCGCUCAUGUCAAGGCUCAGUGUGACGGCUUGUUUGUGGUGGUGACCUGGAAGGAACCCUGGAAGGGAGCUGCGCCGCUGCGUUUGACGCGUGUGGGAAGCGCUGUCGUCCUCAGCAGGCCAGAGAAGAGCUUGGCAACAUAUCAUGUGUCCAUGUGUCCAGACUCAGGAGGCCCGUCUAACCACGGGAGUGAGUGGGAGUCUGUGCAGGUUUGCUAGAGCUUGUGAUGUGCCCAUGUUCGUGCCAGUGCGCUUUAGGGAAGCCAGUGCAGCUUUACCUACUGGCCACUGCCGACUGAAGCAUCCUCAUGUCCCCAUACCGUCCAUUUGCGUCCUUUGUCACUUUUUUACGUUUUUUAGCUCACAUCGAUGGGCAAGGUUGUGAGAAUCGUCACAUGAGUUGUUGAAGUGCGUGCGUGUACAAUAAACAACUAAGUACACUGA